AUGAGUAGAGGUUUCUUUACCAUCAAGUUACGCACGCAAUCAGCCAAAGAUACGAUUUUGAAUGCUGAAGCUUGGUUUUUUAGAAACCAAAAGUUAAACCUAAUUGAAUGGUUUCCUGGUUUUGAUGCUGAGAAGCAACGCACAUCUCAUGCUUCGGUGUGGGUUACUUUUCCAGGGUUUAAACCAUUGGAGUUUUGGACAGAAAAAACGUUAUUGUCUCUUGCAAAAUCGUUAGGAACUCCUAUUGUGGUUGAUAGAAGAACUCUUGAACAUGAAUAUGGUCACUUUGCUUCAGUUUUGGUGGAUAUUGAUUUUUCUGAAGCGGCUACUGAUGCUAUACAUAUCACGGUGGGGGGUUUGGAUUUUUGGCAAGCUGUUGCGAUCCAAAAAAUUCCAAAAUAUUGUUCCAAGUGCAAGCUAAUUGGUCAUAAUGAUAAGGAGUGUAGAAAAAAAUCCAAGGAAACUUCUGAGCGUCAACCUUUGGUUACCAAUCAAUCUCACGAAACUGGUGAAGCGCAACUUGUGAUGAAUAACAAGGUUGGUGGUGAAUGGAAAGUUUCUAGGCGUAAGAAAAAAGGAAAAAAGAAGGAUACAAACAGCUUGGAGGUUAUUCAUGAUGAUGAAGAAGCUUUUGUUGGGGACGUGGUUGAUGAGGAGUUUGCUGCUAAGCUGGUGAAGCUAAGCAGUUGGAGGCUGUUAUGUCACAAGCCAAAGUUGAUUUUGAAUCUGUCUAUGUUGAAUUGGCGAGAACUAAACAAGCACAGGCUUCAAAAUCAGCCGUAUUAUUGA